GGCGCUGUGUACAGUGUGAGUGAGUUUGCAGCCAAAGUUGCACAGCGCAGGCAGGAAAGUUUUGCUGGAUGCGACCAGAGAUCUCAAGUUCUGUCAUGUGGACGUCCGGAACAAACAUGUGGACCGCAGACUUUCGAUAACGAGGACUGUCGUGCACUUGCGUGGAUGUUUUGACGGAUUUUUCUUCUUGUUCUUGGGCUGGAAAGCAACGCUUAACGGGACUGCUGGCUUCGCUGCCGCACGCACGCCGUUUGUUUCAAUGGACUGCCGAGGGGUUUAUCGCGCUGUAAGUUGGACAGAAAAGAUAAAUGCACACUCGGAGACAAGAGUUUAACACGAAUAUGACUUAACCUGUUGCCGUUUUGCUAUGUAGCCUAGCCCCGGGUGUUUAAAAACAAUGAACUCUCCCCGUGACCAGGAGCUGGCACCCUUAUCUCGCAAACACCGGCUCAUGGCUGCGGCAAUGCCCGGUGAGGACAGCGCACUGCCCCGGAGCGCUCCCAGGGUUGAUCGGAACGGAUUUGGGGGUCUGGUUCACUGUUUUAUCUGCGGGAGCGGGGUCACACCUGGGAAGGAGCUAAGGCUGCAAGUGACAUUUCAGAAAGAGAGGUUCCCCUUUUUCCCCUUUCUCCAAAACCAAGAGCCAGCCCCGGGUGCGUGUGAGCUGAGCCCGGACGGCUGCGCGCUGGUGUGCGCCGUGUGCCACUGCUUCCUGACUGAGCAGUGGAACUCCUUCGAGCGGAGCAGGACCCCCAUCGAGAAGCGCAUGUACUGGCUGAAACGACCCUACCAGUGCGACUCCAGGCGGGUCCCACAGGAGUGGAACGUCUCGUAUGAUCUGGAGAGGAGGAUCAGCGUGGGAAGCCAGAACUACGACGGGGGCGCAGAGUCUGAUUUCUCGUCUUUUUCCGAAAACGAGAACGUUUCGGAUCAAGAGAUGGAGCUGGUGGACAGAGUGGCCAGGGACAAAUGUCUGAGAGCGCCUGGUAAAUCCCAAAGAGACGGUAGCAGGAAAAACAGUGUCAUCAGUAUUAAAAACAGCCCGGAUUCACAGCGGGUGGCACGCUGCGCGGCGGGUGUUUAUGACGCGCAGGAAUUGCCUAAAGCUGAUAGUGUGCAGCCGGCGAGGCGCGGGGCUAAAAUUAUGAAUAAUGUCUGCCAGUCUGCAGACUCUCUGCUGAAGUCCCAGGAGAGGCUCCCUCAGCGGUGCUAUGGCAAUCCUCUAACUGACACACCUGUGCAAGACAACGGGGUCAUUAUGCGCAACAGGCGCUGGCUGGAGGAGGAGAAUGUCAGACAUGCGGAGCAGCGUCAGAUCCAGCGUGUAGCCGACAGCAGCAGCGCUCCGUUCAGGCAUCCAGCUCUGCGCCGAGGAAGAGCCGAGAGCAACUCCAGCGCUGCGCUGUCCUCGGUCAUCUCUAAAUGCAACUUAGCUGUUGCGAGGAAGAACAACUCUGACAACUCGGAGGAGGACGAGAUAAACAUCACAAGUGAUGAUGAGCAGGACCGCCGUGGUCCCAGGGCAGGGCCAACAGCUCAGCAGGGAGCUGUCACAGAUCUUUCAGCAAGGAGGAGCUCCCAUCACGCUGGAAGCUCCUCUCCAGAGGAGCGGGUUUGUUAUAUCUGUGGUACUGGGCUCAGACAUGGAGCCCAUUUCAAAAUCAGUGUUCAGAAACAGGAGAGGGCACAGGGAGAGCCCUUCUUUCCCUUCCUUUGGCUUCACUCAGCUCCCCGAGGCGCCGUGCCCAUCAGCCCCUCAGGUACAACCGUUGUUUGCGGCAGUUGUCACACCUCUCUCAUGCAGCAGUGGGAGAGCUUUCAGCUGGCUGAUGUGCCUGUCCUCCAGCGCCUGUACGUAGUCCCCCUGAAUCAGAUUUCCGGCGCUCUCCAUCCAUCCCAACACAGUGCACUUGACAGAAAAACUCCAGGUUCCCUGGAGGUCACACCGGAACCCAGAUCCUCCCAUGAAGCAUGUUUCCUCUGUGGCCAGGAGGGUAGAGGAGAUUUGAGGGUAGUGCAUGCACAAGCUGGCGCAGGGAAAUCCCGAGCGGUGAUGUAUUUUCCGUUCAUCAGCUUGUUGCCCUGCCCGCCCAACGCUCAAGGAGUGAGGAAUGGCCGCGUGCACUGCUGCCCACAAUGCCACUCUAUUCUGCAGGACAUCUGGAGCGCAUACCGCCUCAGCCUCAGCGAGGACCUCAUCACGUCAGUCAGCUCCUUCCUCGUUCGGUACCAUUCCUCCGUGUCUGCUGACGGGCCCGGAUCGGUCCACUCUCAGGUGAGGGCGGCCUCUCGCCACGGCAGCUCUGUGUCGGCGUGUUACCUGUGCGGCGCCGAACUGGGCGCCGGGGCCGAGUACCAGCUGCACGUCAACCCGCCCAGUCGCUUCGGGGAGAGGGAGCCUUUCUUCCCGUUCCUCACCGUUUACCCACCCGCCCCGGGUGCCAAGCCGGUCGACGCCACGGGCCUCGUGUCGGCCUGUGAACUUUGCUACCACGACCUGCACGCUCAGUGGGCGCAGCAUGAGAGCAAGGCCCUGGAUUCCUCCAGCCCUGCCGCGUCCGGCUUACCUGGAGCUAACCAGCCAACGAGCUCCCAGUGGGCCCGUCAGUACAGCUGUGAGGCCUUCGUGUGUUUCUUCUGCAGGCAGGAGCAGUGCAGGCAAGGCAGGCUGCGCGCUGUCAACGUGGCCCGGCUACCCGUGUUCUUGUACGCGCCUCGCGGCCCUCGUACGCUCCUGGUGGAUGAUGGGAGGAGGCUGGUGAUUGGCUCGUGUGUGGAUUGCAAAGCGGUGGUGCAGGUGGGACAGAGCAUGCAGCAAGACGGAAGCGUGCCGGGACGUGGAGGCUCAGCCGGCGAAAAGAAGGGCCCUGAGUUGGGUUCCCCGAAGCCUAGACACAAGGCCAGUGCUUUGAUUGUCGAUAGCACUAGAACCACUAAAGAUGCGGACUCAGGGCCUUCACAACCUGCACAGGAUCCUACUCCAUCUUACCCCGUGACCUUAGAGCCAGAGAGAGGAGAGGGUCCACUUUCCAGCAUGAGCCAUGAGCCAAAGUCACCAUCAUUAGGAAUGAUCUCAACGGCGACCCGUACAACGGCGACGGUCAGCCCCCUCACCCCGUCGCCUCUGAACGGCUCCAUCGUAGCAAAUGGAAGCCCAGCUGCCCAGUCAGCCCACUCCGGAUUCGCCGCCGCCCUCCGUAAACUGGCAAAACAGGCCGAAGAACCCCGAGCUGCUUCCUCCAUCAGCAGCGAGUCGUCUCCAGUCUCAUCUCCGGCCACCAACCACAGCUCUCCAGUCAGCACACCCAAGAGGGGUCCUCUCGGUCCAGGACCUGUGCUGGUUCCCCCAGCGGGUCACAGUGUGCCAAACACUCCACCUGUAGUCACCAUAGCGCCAACAAAGACCAGCAACGGCCUGUGGAGGAGCGAGGGACGCCAGGCUGACUCGGGGCCCCGCGGGGCCAGCAGGGAACGUCUGGCUGCAGAGGGGUCCUUCUCCCAGGAGAAAGGUGGCCCCUCGGUCCCUGCUCACCUCCUGGGAAACCCCUAUGCCUUCGGUCUCAGCCCCGGCGCUGUCAUGCAGGACUCACGGUUUCCGCCCCUCAACCUGCCCAGACAGCUGCCUAAUGCGGUGCCUCCUGGUGCCGUACCAGAGGAGUACAUCCGGAGUUUUCGGCCCUACGCCACAGCCGAGGAUUCCCUCAGGAUGCAGUCUCUGUCCCUGGGCCUGGACCCCGCGGCGGCAGCGGCUGCAGCGGCGUACUACCACCCCAGCUACCUUCCCCACCCCUCCUUCACACCCUACAGGAUGGAUGACCCGUUCUGCCUCUCUGCUUUAAGGUCACCUUUCUAUCCACUGCCAACAGGGGGAGCUUUACCCCCCAUCCAUCCUUCUGCUGUUCACAUGCACCUACCAGGCGUUCGCUACCCUGGAGAUUUUGCACACCCUUCGCUGUCAGCACUGCAGUCUGAGAGACUCCAGCUGGAAGAUGAGCUGCGACAGCGCGAGAGGGAGCGCGAGCGGGAACGCGAGCGCGAGAAGGAGAGGGAGCGCGAGGCGGAGAGGGAGAAGGAGCGCGAGCGGGAACGGGAGCGCGAGCGGGAACGGGAGAAGGAGCUGGAGAGGGAGAGGGAGCGGGAGCGGGAACGCGAGAGAGAGCGGGAAAAGGAGAAGGAGAGGGAGAAGGAGCUGGAGAGGCAGAAGGAGAGGGCUCUGAGAGAGAAGGAGCUGCAGGCGUCCAAGGCCAUGGAGAACCACUAUCUGGCCGAGCUCCACAGCAUGAGGGGACAGGAGGAACGAAGCAAGCCCGAGAGGCUAACCCCCAAUCGGGCUGAAAAAGCCAAAGAGCCCGCCCUCCCGGCUCCCAAACCAGUGCCGCCUGGAAUCCACCCCUCAAUGGUUCAACCUCAUCAUCAUGUUCCGGGUCUGAUCGCCAACCACGGGCUCUAUAUGGGCUCCGGCGCUGUGAGCACAGGACUCUCCGCCUCAAUGAUCACGCAAAGGGCCAAUGAGGAGGAGAGGUGGCUGGCGCGGCAGCGCAGGCUGAGGCAGGAGAAGGAGGACCGGCAGUCCCAGGUGUCUGAAUUCCGCCAGCAGGUUCUGGAGCAGCAUCUGGACCUGAGCCGACCCCCUGACGCAGCGGAUCACAGGACGGACUCGCACAGGUCCAUGCAAAACCACCACGACCCAGGAAGCAGGGACCAUCACCCCCACUUAGGCGCCCCUCCGCCCCUCAUCUCGCCCAAACCUUCGCAGCCCCCGCGUGAGCACCACCCUCCACCUCCGACGACCCUGUGGAACCCCGCCUCGCUCAUAGAAACCACCUCAGAGUCCAGACGCAACCACGAGCCCUCAGGGAUGGGCCACUACGAGCUCAGUCGGGGCCCCCCGGGGCCCUCCAAAUAUGAAGAUGGAACUCGGAGGAGAGACUUGGCGGCGAUGGAGAAAUACCCCCCUCUCCGAGCUCCCCUGGUGCUCCCCGAGCACAGCACCUUCCUCGCGGAUCUGGAGAAAUCCACCCAGUCCUUCCUAAGCCAGCAGAGGGCAUCCAUGUCUCUGCCAAGUCAGUAUGAAAUGGAGGGCAGCUUGAAAAUCAGUGCUGGACUGAAGAACCUCCAGGGACAUGCGGUGCACAGCAGACACGGCCAAGGGCUCGGAAUGAUGGCAGGGCCUGGGAUUGGACCGGUCACUGCGCAGGGGAAGGGUCCAGACACGGCGCUGAUCUACGACGAGUUUCUCCAGCAGCACCGAAGGCCCGUCAGCAAGCUGGACCUGGAGGAGAAGAAGAGGAGGGAGGCCAGAGAGAAAGGUUACUACUACGAGCUGGACGACUCGUAUGACGAGAGCGACGAGGAGGAGGUGAGAGCGCAUCUCAGGAGGGUAGCCGAGCAGCCCCCGCUGAAACUAGACGACUCUACAGAGAAAUUAGGGUUUCUGAGAAUGUUCAGCCUGACCACCGUGAGCCAGCGGGACGAGCUGGUGCAGCAGAAGAGAAGAAAAAGGAGGAGAAUGCUCAGGGAGCGCAGCCCCUCGCCUCCUGCCUCGCAGUCCAAACGCACGCCCCCGCCUCCUCCCGCUCAGCUCAGCACGCGCUUCACCCCGGAGGAAAUGGACCGAGCGCCGGAGCUGGAGGACAAGAAGCGCUUUCUCACCAUGUUUAAACUCUCUCACGUCACCGUGCAGGAGAGAAAAGACAACGAAAGGGUGGUGGAGCUGCUUCAAGCCAUUAAAGAAAAAAGUGUAACCUUGGAUACAAUCAGACAUGCACCUCAUCCACUGUGCAAGAGCCCUCCAGCACACGCCUCUGAUCCAGCGUUUACCCAGCACUCCUCUGAAUCCGAAGACCACCAUAAUGUCAGACAGCAUAGCCCUCCGUCACAUUGCCCCGCAUCCCCCAACGGCCAUCCGAAACCCCUUGGGGACACCUUGCGGCCAAAGGCGCCCCCCUCCCCAGCUGUCUACCCAGACAAGGCCCGGGGGGCCGGUGACGGACCCAUCUCCAAGAGGAGCUCCAGCUUGCUCAACAGCUUGCGGCCGCCGCUCCCCCUGCAGGGUAAAGAGGGACUCCACAGCAUCAAUGGGCGUACGAAACCCUGGGACAGCUUCACCCCAGAGGAAUUCGCCCAGCAGUUCCACGAAUCUGUGCUCCAGUCCACUCAAAAGGCUCUGCAGAAACACAAAGGAGUAGCAGCAGGUGUGUCAGAGUCAUCUCACCCCCAGGAGUCGUCGGUCCACUAUAACAUUCCCGAGCUUCAGAACGCCCCCAGCCGUCCGCCUCCACCACUUUCACAGCCUCACUCCAACGCAGCAUUGUUCCCCCUGCCCCUGUCCCACUCCCACUCCCACUCCCACGCUCAGCCCAAUGGACAGCACUUUCCAAUGCCCCUCCACAAGGAAGCAGCGGUGAUGAGGGAGGACCUGUCUGGUCCAGAGGAUUUGGAAGAGGACGACGAUGAGGAGGAAGAGGAGGCUCCAGUUCCCAAGUGGCAGGGAAUCGAAUCUAUAUUUGAAGCAUAUCAGGAAUAUGUUGAAGAGCAAACUUUGGAGAGGCAAGUAUUACAGAGUCAGUGUCGAAGACUAGAAGCUCAGAACUACAACCUCAGUCUGACAGCUGAGCAACUGUCUCACAGCAUGGGGGAGCUGAUGUCCCAGAGACAGAAGCUGGCGGUGGAGCGGGAGAAGCUACAAGCAGAGCUGGAGCACUUCAGGAAGUGUCUGACACUGCCGCAGACGCACUGGCCGAGAGGCAGCCAUUACAAAGGAUACCCUCCUAGGUGACCCCGACAUGCCAACCUGAAGACCCCGCCCCCCCCCCCCCCUCUGGCCCCAGGCUGCCUCCCUUUCAGACUUAACGUUUAUUUUUUCACCGCUCGGUCCUCGUGGCUCCACGGAGGGGAAUGUGGCUGGCUAGAUGAGAGUGGUGAGUUAAAUAGCUUGAGUGAGUGAAUAAACCUGUGAAUGCACAAGAGAGAGAGGACCAUUGAGUGAAGGACAGUUAAGUCUUCGGACCGUGGCUCGCCAGGGACUCGUCUAAAAGCCACUGACGCGUGCCAAUGUAGCCAACCCUGAGGUCAGCAAGGCAGGAGGAACCUGAGGAUCACAAGCUGAUGCCUGCUGGUCCCGCUCUUCAUCUCCUGCAGUUUAGUCCCUGCAUCCCUCACCGCCACACAGACAAUCCUGCCAAUGAAGGAGCAGCUGCCCCCCACCCCCCUCCCCCCGUCCUCCCGAGGGGUUUCAUCACAAGACUUGAAAGCUCCAAAUCUCCGAGCGAAGGCUCCCGGCCCGUCGGGACUGAAUUUUCCCACCGCAGCCACGUGAGCUUUUGGCCUGGAAAUGCACUUAAGAAUAAAAGCUGAAGAACUACCUGUUGGUACUGUGUUACGACAAAGAACUAUUCAAAUUAGGGAGGGGGGAAAAAAAACCUUAGAAAAUGUACAUUUUUUUGAAAAGAAUUAAGGAAAUGUUUUAUUUCAAAACAGAAAGUUUGAAAAUAAGAAUUUUAAAGGGUGCUUCAGCCUUGUAUUGUACAUAAUAUGAAGACUUAAAUGAAUUUUGUAUGUUUUCAUUACUUUAAUCAUUGUUCUUUUAAAAGAAAAAGCCUGCCAUUUUUAUAUGUUUAUGCUUUUAUUUGGGGGAGGGGGGGUUGAAAAAGAAAGCCUUGCUUGUAGUGUUUUUUUUUUUUUUUUUUUUUGCUGCUGCUGGCCAGAAAAUGUUCCACAGGUGGAGUUGAAAGCAGGACGCGCUCCUGCUUCCUUUCUGUCUGGACUCUGAGCAGCUGAGACCCGGCCACAGCCCACCUCAUCUCACCUCUGAGCUCAGCAAAGCUGGCUCCGAGACCCUGAGACGGGACCCCUGCCGUCUCGUCCCCGCCCCGCGCGCCCGCCUGUUUUCACUCCUCUCCUACGCUUCACUGCCGCUGGCAUGCCUAGUCUGUUAUAUCCUCGUCCAUAAACCACAUUCAGGUGCAUCCCAAUACUUCAAAACAUCAUUGAGAAAUUAAACCCCUUUCAGUUACAAAGAGAUUUUUCUUACAUAGUUCUAUAUUUUAAGUGACUAUUCUGGUUAAAUUUGUUGCAGCAGAUUAAAACAAAACAUUUUCCUGGAAAUAUAUUUUUUAGACAGACUGUACUGUUUCUGCGCUCAGAACUUGGCCGACGCUCCUUCAGCGUGAUUUACCGGCCCGAUGCGGCGUUGCAUGGAGGCGAUCUGCCUGUGGCUCUUUCGAGGCGUUCGCAAUCGCCUGUUUUGAGUUGAAUAUCCGAAAUUAUCUUUUCGAUGUUGGUCGAAUUUAUCGGGAUGCACCUUUUUUAAGCAGCCAGCAGGCGACAGUGCUUCUUGAUUCUUUAUCUAAAUAUCGGAUCUCUAGAACUCAGCAUUGGCACCACAGUAAUUAUAUUUACGCCGUACGAAAUUAAGCCCUCGUCAGCCAUUAAAGAACACAGUGCCAAAAAGAAAAAAAAAAAACAAGAUUUUUAAGAAUCUUGGCUUUGAUUAGAGUUGCAAUUGGAGAAGCCAAACUUUCAAUCAAGAAUCUUCCGCUCAUUGCUUGUUGUCGUCUGGAAGGAUCCGGCUCUGCUGCCUAAAGCUGUCGGCAUGUUCUGAAUAUUAGCCCCCCAAAAAAAAUUAAAAAUCUCUCGCGCGUAAUUGAACUGGACCAGAUUAAGAAGGGUUUGCUUUCACGUGUUUACAUCCUCUGCCCUGAAAUCUGUCCGCCACUUACAGCGACCUGCUUCCACCACCGCAGUCAUUCAGCCUCAGCUUUAGGGUCUGGAUGUGCCAUCUGAAAGUGACACAGCCGUGUCCUUGUUUUUAAGGCGUUGACGUGAAGCCUUUUUUUUUAAUAAGAAAUCAUUUUAAAUGUACCUAGAGGCGAUGUAUAACAAAAGGUCGAAGCACAACUACGCCACACGAACCCCCCAUAUCACGUCCAAGUGCCUGAGGACAUUGGGAGCAUGUGAGUGAGUCGCAGUCCACAUCUGGAACAUCAUCGAUCAGGGACUUUCCAUCCGAGUAUCUCACACCUUUUUAAAUAAGUCAGAGAGAUGACACUAAAUUAGUUUACCUGAACACAUGUCCCUUCGUUUGCAACCUGUCUUUUUUUUUUUUUUUUUUUUUAAUGAGGCUUGAACCAGAUGAGAGAUUUUAAAAGGUGCGGUCUGUUACUUUUCCACAGCAGUAGAGCCAACCGUGCAGCCUAUUAGCAAACGAGGACGCCCGCAUGCCGAGGUAAGCUGCCAAUUAGCCGGAGAGGAAGGUGCAGGAAGAUAAGGCUCUUACUCAGCCUCCCUGGGUCUCCGUCUCCAACCCACGCACGCCCAUGCAAACAGCCCUGUUACUCAGUGGAGGAUGUCUAGAUGCUGUGAAAUCCUGUUAUGUUUUUUUGUUUUUUUUUGUUUUUUUUUAUGUACUUGUUUAAAUUCAUCAUAAUGUAAUAUAUUCUUUGUUGAAUGUAGUAAUUAGGUAUUUAUGAAUAUAUGGCUGUGAUUUCAGACAAAAAAGAAAAUAAAAUACUUCAAAAAUGUCAAACAUCAAAA